CCAACUCUAGCCUCAACCGCGUUAGAAAAUACAGCGACAGACUGCAACGACUGAUAAACGGACAUGACGAAGCAUAGCAAGAACAACACAGCAUCCUCCAUAUUCUCCUAUGCCGAAUAUAAGAAGCUUGACUACGGAACGAAAAAGCAACGCCUUGGAAAUGAAUCUAUGCGACGCUUUGAUUCUUGCGCUCUAUGCCUAAACAGCGCUCGAGAACCUCUAUCGUGUCAUGAGGGGCAUCUUUUCUGUAAAGAAUGCGUGUACACCGACCUCCUCACACAGAAAAAGGAUAUCAAACAACAGAAAGAGAAACUGGAAAUGAUGAAGAAGGAGGUUGAGGAGGAAAAGGAGCGGGCUAGGCAAGCUGCUCGCGAGCGGGUUAUUCUGGAGUUUGAGAAGGGCCAGUUAGGGCUUGCGGCUGUAUCAGUGACGGGAACGACGUCUGCUGGAGAGUCAAAGGAGGAUGGUCGGGGAACCAAGCGUAAAUUUGCGUUCUACUCGUCCAAGGUCGAGAACCUUGCUCAAGAAGCUGAAGAAGCUGCCCUUCAACAGAUAGAACGAGAACAGGCGGCAGCCCUGCGGAACAAGCUUCCAGAUUUCUGGUUACCAUCCUUGACGCCUACCUACUCAUCUAUUGGGCCACCUCAGACGAUCAAAGAUGUGAAGCUACAGACCACAUGCCGAGGCGGGAAUCCUGCUCAUUCAAUUGCGUUGAAGAAUCUCAUUCCAGUCAAAUUCACCUUCUAUUCCAAGACGAAAUCUGCCGGUUCUGAGGCUGCCGGAAAGAAUGAUGAAUCCCAACCGAUGUGCCCGUCUUGCAAAAAAAUCUUGUCAAACAGUAUGCUGAUGUUCCUCAUGAAACCCUGUGGUCAUGUGGUCUGCAAAACGUGUACUGAAUCGUUGGUACAACCUUCCCACGAGUGCAUCGUCUGCGAUGUCAAAUUGUCAGAGAAGGAUGUCAUCGAACUAAAAAGAGAAGGAACGGGAUUCGCUGGAGGGGGACUCGCAGAAGCAUCGAAAACGGGUGUUGCUUUUCAAGGUUAAGCAGGAAUCUCUAUUUCUGUUACAGUGCGGUAUCGUGUUCUUAACUCUCCAAAUACAUUUCAAUUGUAUCAAAUCCGGUCGACAGACGUUCUC